AUGAACAAAGCCUUUAAAGACCAAAUCGAGCGAAAUUUGGAAGUAUAUGUCGAUGAUAUCGUGAUCAAAAGUCACGACGAAGAAGUUAUGUUGAAAGAUAUUCUAGAAACAUUCACCCGACUUCGAAGCAUCAACAUGAAGUUGAACCAUAAAAUGUGUACAUUCGGAGUAGAAGAAGGGAAGUUUUUAGGUGUCAUGGUUGGGUCACGUGGCUUACGAGCCAACCCCGACAAGAUAGAUGUUGUUCUCACUAUGAAGCAUCUGACUUCGGUCAAAGAGAUCCAGUCCUUAAACGGACGGUUGGCUGCCCUCCAUCGUUUCUUGUCGAAAGCUGCAGACAGGUCGCUCACAUUUAUGGACGUAUUACGAAAGACUUUCAGAUCAGAAUUUAAAUGGACCAAUGAGGCUGCUCGUGCUUUUGAAGAACUCAAAAUCUACUUGGGCACAUUACCGACUCUCACCGUCCCAAAAGAAGACGAGGUGCUAACAAUGUACUUGGCCGCAUCACGCGGCGCCAACAGUGCAGUUUUAGUCGCCCAUCGAACCGGAGCUCAGAUUCCCAUUUAUUACGUUAGUCGAACGUUAAAAGAUUACGAAACAAGGUAUCCAAAUUUGGAAAAAUUAGCUCUGGCCUUGGUCCAUGUGUCACGAAGGCUCCGGCGAUAUUUCCAAGCUCACCCAAUCGAGGUUCGUACAGACCAAAGAAUCCAGCACGUCCUCCGACGACCUGAAGUAUCGGGUCGAAUGGCAAAAUGGGCGAUUGAGUUAGGCGCUUUCAACAUCACCUUCAGAACCAAAGGCCCAUUGAAAGGGCAGGUGAUAGCCGAUUUUUUUCGAAAUGCCGGAGGACAAGGAAAUGGAGCUUCGAGUGCCGAAGGUGCAGGUGCCGGACUAAUACUAACUGAUCCUGAUGGCAUAGACAUAACGUAUGCACCCCGACUAGAGUUCAAGAGCUCCAACAACGAAGCCGAGUAUGAGGCAUUAUUGGCCGGCUUACGCUUAGCAGCCAAAGUUGGAGCAAAAAAUGUCGUAUCCCAUGUUGAUUCUCUACUUGUAGCAAACCAAGUAAAUGGUGGAUACGAAGCAAGAGAAACUAACAUGAUCGAGUACUUAGAGCAAUAA